GCAAGCUUAAUUCAGCAUAGCUUCAAAACUACUUAAACAGUUACCUCUCAAUAGAAUAGUAUUAUCAGGAAGAAGUAUCAUCAUAUCCAUUUUAUGCUGGUUUCAGAUUUGGCUGCAGAUCAAAAUAGAAAAUUAGAAUAGAAUAGAAUAGAAUAGAAUAUAGAAUAGAGCUGGAAGGGACCUUGGAGGUCUUCUAGUCCAACCCCCUGCUCAAGCAGGAGAACCUAUACUAUUUCAGAUAAGUGGCUGACUAGUCUCUUCUUAAAAACUCCAGUGAUGGAGCGCCCACGAUUUCUGAAGGAACUAAAAGUAUCAGAAAAACUGCAUAUUAUGUGUCAUCUAUGGAUUAAAUGCCUGGCAACUUGGAUAUUACUGAAGAGAUUUAAUGGAGUUCAUGUUAUGCAGACCAAAGCUCCGAUGUAUCCUAACGAACCUUUCCUUGUGUUCUGGAAUGCACCUACUACCCAAUGUCAACUGCGCUAUAAGGUGGAUUUAGAUCUCAAGACUUUUCACAUUGUACCAAACGCCAAUGAGUCUUUAAGUGGGUCUUCUGUGACAAUAUUUUAUCCCACCCAGCUGGGGGUCUAUCCCCAUAUUGAUGACCAUGGGCAUUUCCUCCAUGGGAUUAUACCGCAAAAUGAAAGCCUCACCAAACAUCUCAAUAAAACAAAAUCGGAUAUCACCCGUAUGAUCCCACUGAAGACAUUUCAUGGACUUGGAGUCAUUGACUGGGAAAACUGGAGACCCCAGUGGGAUAGAAACUGGGGUAGUAAAAAUGUUUACAGAACCAGAUCUAUUCAAUUUUCUAGAGAGUUGCAUCCAGACUUGUCUGAAGCUGCAAUAAAGAGAUUAGCUAAGCAAGAAUAUGAAAAAGCUGGGAAGAGUUUCAUGAGAGAUACACUUUUACUAGCUGAAGAUAUGCGACCAGGUGGAUACUGGGGCUACUAUCUAUAUCCAGAUUGCUAUAAUUAUGAUUAUAAGAAAAAACCUGAACAAUACACAGGCAAAUGUCCAAAUAUUGAAAUUUCACGGAAUGAUCAACUACUUUGGCUAUGGAGAGAAAGUACUGCCCUUUUCCCUUCUAUAUAUCUUGAAAUCAUAUUGAAAUCAAGUGCAAAUGCUUUGAAAUUUGUGCACCAUCGCCUUGAGGAAUCAAUGCGCAUUGCUUCCAUGGCUAGGAAAGAUUAUGCCUUGCCUGUUUUUGUAUAUGCCAGACCAUUUUAUGCAUAUACCUUUGAACCUUUAACAGAGGAAGACUUGGUGGCUACAAUUGGUGAAACAGCAGCCAUGGGGGCAGCAGGAAUGGUCUUUUGGGGAAGCAUGCAAUAUGCCAGUACUAUUGAAGCCUGUCAAAGAGUGAAAGACUACAUGAAUAGUGCAUUUGGACGUUAUAUCAUUAAUGUGACUUCUGCAGCCAAGAUUUGCAGCCAUGUUCUUUGCAAUAAAAAGGGAAGAUGUGUUCGUAAACAUAGUGAUUCAAAUGCCUAUUUACACUUGUUUCCUGAAAGUUUUAGGAUCAUGGUGCAUGCCAAUGCAACAGAGAGGAAAGUGAUUGUGAAAGGAAAACUGGAGUUGGAGAAUUUUAGGUACUUAAGAGAUAAGUUUAAGUGUCAGUGUUACCAAGGCUGGAAAGGACUGUACUGUGAAGAGCAUUCUAUAAGAGAAGGAGAUUAAAUAUAAGGAAAUUAAAUGCAUUGAUGUGUCUUUUAUUUAUUCCCAAACAAAGCAAAAUUGUCACACAGUUCACAAGACAAAGAUAUCCAACUGAGAGCAGCAAUUCUAUUAGAUCUUCUGAAGACUUACAAAUAGGUACAACUUUUAAGUUUCUAAAAAAAUUAAGAUGCUGUAAUUAAAAAUUAAGGAAAAAAAGGACGCAGGUGGUUGUGUAAUGUGCUUUGGAAAAAAGGAUAGACAUGACUGGUUUUCAAAUCUUGGGUCUACCUAAUUAAGACAUUUGCUUCCUUUUUUCCUGCAUUCCACUUGGAGUGGUCUUUGCUUACAUCUAAUAUUUCUUAUUCAGAAUCUCCAAAACUGUACUUAGGAAUGAAUUCUUGUUACAAUUGCAGCCACAUUUUUUUACUUCUAAACUCCUCUCACUCCCCACUCCCCAUGUUAAAGUAUUGUGGUGGAUGAAAACUUCCUGGGAAUUUGAAAGCUUGGACUAAUUUUUUAAUCUUUAGUAUUUCAAUCCACUUCAGCACUGGUUCUGAAUACCUUAUCAGAAUUUAUGGGCUAAUUUAUUCACUAGCAGCCAGAUUUCAACUUUUGUAGCAACUUCCUCCAGAGAGGGCAGAGGGUACAGGCAAAAAUAUGGGGCUUAUUUCUGAGGGAAGAGAAGAAUGAGUGGGUUGUGGGGGAGAGAAUCAAAAUGGUUGUCUUAUGCCAGAAAAUAAGGUUCCA